AUGACAGCGCAAUUCUACCUCGACAAGUUUAGCUUCUGGGCAAGGGACCACAAGAUCACGAUCUCUGCCUCAAAAUCCCAAGCUUUGCUCAUAGGCGCCAAAAGACCUCUCAAAAGGAAUCCAUCCAUCAAACUUUAUGGCAACCCCAUCAAGAUAGUUAAACAACUCAAAUACUUGGGCUUAAUCAUUGACUCAAGGUUAUCCUGGCUUCCGUAUCUUCAGUAUCUAAAAAUAAAAACAGACAGUCUUAAAAAUUACAUGCAGAGAACAGCGGCUCCAACCUGGGGCAUUUCAUCGAAACUGCUAAAACAUUGGUAUCUCACCGUUACUCAGGCCAUAGUUUUAUACGGAUCCGGCAUUUGGGCAAAACAUCUAACGGUACAAGAGAGGCGCCUACUUAACUCACUCCAACGCCCACACCUUUUGCAAAUAAGCAGAGGAUACAGGACAACUUCAACAGCGGCACUGCAAGUCCUAACAGGGAUACCACCACUAGACUUGGUGGCAGAGCGAGAGGCGGCCAUCUCCAAUAUUCUCCGACUUGGGAAAGACUAUAAACUCUGGAACAGGAACUUGCAUACCUCGGAGUAUAUGCACAAGAUCUUUGACUAUCCCUGCCACCCAGCCCAGCAUAACCUCGCGGAAAAUAUAUACACGCAGACACUUCUUCUCUGUCGGCAGAACUCAAUAGCCAUCUACACGGAUGGUUCCAAAACAAAGGAUGGCACCGGAUGCGGCUUAUGCACAAUGAUCGAUGGAGAAAUCAAAUACCGCUGGAAACGUAGACUCAAUCCGAACAACACAGUCUACCAAGCUGAAUUGUCAGCUAUUAAAAAAGCAAUCGAUCUCUCAUAUAGUCACCAAGAAACUGUCUAUAUCUAUAGUGACUCACUGUCGAGCAUAGCCGCCAUAGAAGGACCAGCCAGCCGAGACCCCUUCGUACUCAACAUACAAAGGGCAUUAGUCAACCUCCCACUCAAUUAUCGUCCCAUCAUUAGCUGGGUACCAGCGCACACAGGUGUAGUCGGCAACGAGCUGGCGGAUGAACAGGCAAAACAAGCGGCUUCGGGUAUCUUCCUGCCAGAACAUGCUCUACCUCUGCCUUCCUCUUAUCUCAAAAAGAUUACACGCGGCGACCUUUACGCAGAAUGGCAGCAGAGAUGGGAUACUUCCCAGACAGGUCGAAGGACGUAUAAAUUUAUCCCAAAAGUUACAGACCUUGUCUUCUCCAACUCAUCUUCAUUGACUACGUUCCUCUCUGGGCACGGCCCGUUUCCUGAUUACCUACACAGAUUUGGACUUAGAGACUAUGAUCUCUGUGAAUGUGGACUAAUCGGAACGCCAGACCAUUAUGCAUUUACAUGCAGAUUGACAGAGGCGCACCACAUGCGUCCUCCUUCAGAUAGAUAUUGGAGGGAAUGGACAAAAGUGCUACUAGAACGGAGGGGUGCGUGCUUUAAGCUUCACAAGAUCAUCAAGUUCUGCAGGGUACACUUUUCAUUUGUCACCUAA